AUGGAAAACAAGAAUAACAGUCAUGAAGUGAUUGAUCUCACUUCUGAUAGUCUUGAAGAAAAGGCUUUAGUCAGUCAAAGAGAAAUUAAAAACCAAUUGAAGAAACCAAAAACUUUUGCACUAAUUCUUAAUAAAAAAGAACAACAUCCACCAAAAGAAACACGAAAGUUUUAUCCCAAAGUACCUAGUGUGUCUAAACAAAGUAAAAGUGAAACUUUCACGUAUCAAAAUGAAGUAACUAAGAAAUGUGAAGGAAUUGAAUGUCCAAUUUGUCUUCAGUUAACACGAAAUGUAAUGACAACUCAAUGUGGUCAUUUGUUUUGUAAAUCGUGUUUGACUAUAGUUUUAACAUCAAGUGAUAAAACACCUUUCUGUCCCAUUUGUCAUUCACAAAUCAGUCCCGUCACAUCACACCGAAUUUAUCUUUAG